CCGUUUUCAAUUUCAGAGAAGGUUUUUGGUUUUCUCAGCUGUGCUUUCGUAGGACGAGGCUGAAAGAGUUAAAUCGUUGUAUGACAUUCUACUGUGCAACUGAUUUUUUGGAUGUAACGCUACAAUGCAUCACAUAACAGGAUUACUCUUUUGGUCGUUGAUUUUUUUCUUUCAGAUGACUGACUCACGCUUAACAGGGUUUUCUUAUGAACGUGAUCCCUACGUCAUUGAUCUCAAAGCCAAGAAUUUUGAUAAUUUAGUGCUACAUAGCAAUGAUGUGUGGGCGAUUGAGUUUUACGCUCUGUGGUGUCCUGCGUGCAAAAGAUUAGCACCUGAGUGGUCCAAGACAGCUGAAAAUUUAAAGAGUGAAAUAAGAGUAGGAGCUGUGAAUAUACCAUAUUAUCCAGAUCUUAGAGCUCGAUAUCAAAUUUGGGGUUUUCCAACAAUAUUAAUUUUUGCAGGAGAUAAGACCAAACCAUACACGUACAAAGGUCCUCAAUCUGCGGAUGCUAUGAGUUAUUAUUUUCGCCAAAUUGCCUUAGCCCAGACAUAAGAGGUCUAAUACACGAAGCGACGAAUGAAAAAUAUUCGACACAGAACGUGCGAAAAUUCAUCACAUAGGUAAUGUGAAGUUUAUUGAUAUAUGUAAAAAUAAAACCUGGAAAAUUUUAUUCCUCUGUUUUGCUGUGUUGAGCUAAACUAAAGCAUUUUGUUUAAUAAACAUAACUAAAGCA